CUCAUUAUCCUAAUCAGCUGUGGAUGAAGUGAGAAGUGGGGAGAAAAAGAACCGGAGAUAAAGAAGCACAGUGGGGUUUGACGUGGAAGGUCGUUUCUACGCGAGCCGACCACCGCUGGCCGAGGGGAGAAUGCUUGAAAACAAAAGAGAGAGGUUGAAAACCUUCCUCCGGAAGAUCGACGAGAAGGCCAUCGUCAGAAUAAAGCACUUCAUGAAGGAGAGCAGCUACCCAGUCGAGAGCAGUGGCGGCGGGCUGCCAGCCAAAGCAAAGAAAAGCAGGAGCAGCCUAAGUAAUGGAGCGGUCAAGAAGAUGGAAACGAAGAAAGCCUUAAGUUUAGAGGCAGCCCAGCUUGAGUUUCAGCAUCAGCAAAAAACCCUCACAAGACAAGUAGCUGUCAGGUCUCAAACAUUCGAUGUGGACAGUACAAUCUUGGACAAGACGGAGAGCAGUGGCACACAAAGUAGUUUCACAAAGCACAACAAGACAUUCCACAAGUUGUUUUCAGACAUUCCUGAAACUGAAGACUUGAUACACGCCUACAUCUGUGCCCUGCAGAAGGAGGUGCCCUACCACGGUCGGCUGUACAUCACUGAUACCCACGCCUGUUUCUAUUCUUCCGUUUUGCUCAAGGAAACUAAGGUAGUGAUUCCAGUUUCCUCCAUCCACAUAGUAAAGAAGCAAAAUACAGCGUUGCUGGUUCCCAACGCUUUGUCGAUUCGGACCACAGAAGGAGACAAGUACCUCUUUGUGUCGCUGAGAAACAGAGAAUCGUGUUACCAGCUCCUGCGCUCAGUCUGUCCGCAGAUAGAGGAUGGCAGCACAAAUAGUAGCCCAAUGUUUUCUUCAGGCGAAAACAGCUUUGACAAGAGCAAACUUGUGAACUCCAGUCAAUCCAGUUUGGAAGACAGCUUUGAACAGUUGGAUGACUCUGAAGCUCAGUCUUUACGGGUGCAGACGCUGCAGAGGCCUCACAGAGAAGAUGAACCCGAUACAAAAGGCUCAACGUUCAGGAACUUGAACAUGCAGCAAAAUGAUAACUCCUCAACUGAGGAGCUCUCAGAAUCAGGUGGCUCAUGGGUGUGGAGUGUAACAGAAAAAGCAAAGUCUCUGCUGGUUCAGAGAGAGGCUGGCAACCUCAACACCCUCCUCUUCAUUUACUUGAUUUUGGUUGUGCUGCUGUUGCUGUCUUCUGGCUACAUUGGUUUACGGAUUGUUGCCCUGGAGGAGCAGCUUACAUCCCUUGGCGCAUUGCCGGAGUUCACCUUACAGAGCGGGUAUCACAAAGACACAUAACACUCAGCGACGGAAGGAGAGAUUGGUUGACUUAUGAUUGGAAAAUAAUCUCAGCCUCUUCUCAGAAGAACCAGAAGAGUCAAAUCUACUGUACUCGACCUCUAGCCUGUGCCGCUAGCGUAGAGGUAGCGUUCAACCUGUGCAAUUUCAGAGAUGUCAACUUGAAGGGCUAUUUUCCCUGACUGUGCAGUAAACUAAGGUAAAUGCUGCAGCUUAGACACCCAGAGCCAAGCCAAAUGUAUGCUCACGCUGACCGGUUGCAGCGUGUCUGUUGUUCAAACCAAAGCUGAACGGCUCAGACUCAUGAAGGUGUCGUAUCAGCAAGGCUGACGGGCAUCUGUCUUUCCGAAACAUUUCCACAUCUGUGAAUUUCUACUGUCCUUUGUUCUCUUCUCCCUGAGCAUGCAGUCAGAACAGGGCUAUAUCAGUCAGCAUCAGCCUGCUGUAGUGUUCGUUAUUGCACCUCAGCACUGGAGACAUGGCGCUAUGCAUAGCCAAAGACGCACACGGUGCACAUCUUUUGCAUGAGUGCACAGAGCUGACUUUUUUUAAUCUCUUACAAAACCCUCACUUUCUAAACUGUAUACUCAGUCCUGUUUUCAUCUUUAUAUUCAGUAAGUUUUGGGUACUUCAGAUGGUUCUUAUCUUUCUAAUCAGGUGUGGGUGAAAUGACGAUUGGAGGCUAAAAAAUGCAGAUCAGCCCACAGAGGCAUGAGAAUUUCCUGAUGGUCUUAUCCUCUCUCUCUUUCGUAGUAUAGAAUAACUGCAGUAUUACUUUACUCCUCUUUGACAUGAUUUAAAGCUGUUUAAUGAUCAAUACUCAGAGGUUGCUUUCCCUCCAGUCUCUACUUGAUGACGCAUUAUCAAUGCACAAGUACUUAGUACUAUAGGAUAUGAGGAGGUUGUUUCAGAAGCAUUGUUUGUUUUGUUUUCUUUAUGGAUGUGCUAGGAUGUUGGUCUUCAAGAGCAGAUGCAAUCUGUUUAGUCAGAUAUCUUGUUGUUUUCUGCCAGGAAAAUCACCCACCUGUGUUGAAUUCUAAACACUUUGACUGGCUUCUUGACUACCAGUCAGCAUUAUCAGGCUAUUUUAAAGUAGCACAAAUAAUGUAUUUCCAGUGCAUCAAUCUGCAGUCGCUGACACUUUGACUGAUACCAUUGCUCUUGUCACAGAGACAAUUGAAUUUCUAACAUUUGCUACAAGGUCCAUGUUUUCAAAAGCGAAAGAAGUGGUCCCAAAAAGAAUUUUCAAUAUGCAAGAAAUUAUUAUGCAUGGAAAAAAAUGUCCUUCAUGUUUGUGUGCAGUUUUACGUGAAGCUUAAUGUAUGUGGGGAAGAAACUGUGCAAGAAAAAAAACAAAGUGAGGAAGAGGAACGGCUCAAGAGAGCGAGCGCACUUUAAAAAAAAAAAAUGUGUUGUGCCUGUCACAGUCUAAAACACCUCGUUUGGAUUGAGAAGAAAUGGCAACGCUGGCGUUCUGUGGUAUCUGAUGGUGCUAAGACUUUUUUUUUUUCUUUUUAAUUGUUUUCACUCAGGGGUAGUGGGCUACCUGCAAUGUGGCUUCAGGUGUUCCAGCUUGUCAUUUCAAGUCAAGUGCUCAUGAUGGGUUUCACAUAUUUUCGGAUCUCUCGGAUGGUUUCUUUAUUAAUCCUUGUAAGGGAGCAAAAUAAAAUCAAAAUUUCACUUGACUUUACACCUGCACUCAGCUCCACUAAAUUCUUGCCUUUUAUUUGUUCCCCAGAUUUGAAUAAUUUUUUUUAAAAAAACGUAACAUGACAGUGCAUAUCCAUACCGCAUUUAAAGAUCACCCUUGUCAAGGUGGUUGAUUCUGAUCUGUUUUUUCAUCGUUAACUUUUGCUCCAUCCCCAUUUAUCAUCCAGAGCAAAGUUCAUUGCCAUGCCAUGUUAAGUACUGUCAAUAAUUAUUAGUCCCCACCAGGGGGCAGCACAUGCAACCACUGCCCUCAAACAACUCCGGAUGAGAGCAGUUUUUGUGUGGUUUUGCACUAUUCAGUGUUGUAAAUAAUUUUGUACCAGUUGUCAGUGUCCUUAAUUCUACUGUUCCUAUAAUAUAUAUUUAUUUGCAUUCAGUGUAAUUCAAAGUAGUCUCUGUGAGAUCGCUUUGCUAUUGUUAAAAAUAAAACUUGUUUCGAAGUAAAUA